AUAUUUAUUUAUGCAGUUGCUAGCCCCGCGGCCAUUGGAAUAUAUUAGACUAGUAGGGUCUAGGGGUUCAUUCUGUGAGAAUAAGGCCACGCGUUGCGGAACUCGUGGUGUUUUGAUCCGAGUCUCUCUGGUCUGACAACUUUUUCCGGCGCCCGGAAAAUCGUGUGACAGCUGUCAGGGAACGUACCAAAGGCGAACGAACGUAAGAACCGUUUUUCUUCCGGAUUUUAGAACUGUUAUCCAUUCGAAGAACAGCAUUUUACAAACUCCGUACUCUGUUCCGGUAUAUGAGAUGGGACAAGCACUAGUGGUCUACAGAAUAUCUGUCAUUUUGGUAUAGAGACAGCAGCGACUUGUGCGACCAGUACCGCUUAAGACGGACUUAAGAGGACCAUUUCGCUGAGAGAAUUCACUUGUUCCGGGACGGAUUUUUGGCAGACUAUUACACGCAAUAAUUCAAUUACCUCCUGUGGGUAGCGUAGCACGCAAGCUAGCGGGGCGCAUUCCGACACUAGCCGGACCGGUGCCACCACUCCAAACCAAAGGGUUAUCGUCUACUACUACAACAGACAACUAUCUAACCAUGAUCGGACAAAGUCAAGGAAGUCCUGUGUCGUCCAGCAAAACUGCUGUAAGUACCACAGCUAACUCUCGGACUAAAGUCAUAGCGGAUAAAUUCAAGCAAAACUGGAUGGCGCAAAAUCCGCAAGCAGACUCUCAAAACCCGGACGCUCAGAAUCUGGACGACAGCUUGACUAGCCUGUCGUGGCUGCAGAAUCUGAACAUUAUGAAGAUCCCGACGCCGCCAAGCAGUCCCAAACCGGCGGAGGAUGGAUCCAAGCGGCAGACGCAAGCCCAGCCGGCCGCCGUGUCCGGUAACGCGUCCCAGCACGUUCACGUCAAGGAGGAACACAAGGCGACGCUAUACGCGCCCGCCGGCCCUCCCAUCGGCACCCCGGAAAGCAUCGACAAAAUCGACUACAAGACAAACCCGUACGUCAAACCGCCGUACUCCUACGCAACCCUGAUCUGCAUGGCCAUGAAGGAGACCAAGAAGAGCAAGAUCACACUCUCAGACAUCUACAAAUGGAUCAAGACCAACUUCAAGUACUACGAGAUGGCCGAACCCAGCUGGCAGAACUCCAUCCGUCACAACCUGUCCCUCAACAAGUGCUUCACCAAGGUGCCUCGCAGUAAGAAUGAGCCUGGCAAGGGCGGUUUCUGGAAGAUCGACCCCCAGCAUGCCGACAUGAUCGUCAACGGUACCCUGAAGAAGCGCAGGCCAUCCAGCACUCUGGAGUCCUACCCGCCCGCCAAGAAGAUAAAGAAGGAAGAACCCGAAGCGAAGUCAUGCAACAACAGAAGAAAGCAGGCCGUGCCCAAGCGUACUGCUCAGAAACAUGGCGGUAACCAGAACUCUUUCAUCGUCCCACCCGACGACCCCAACCUUGGGUCUCUGAAGGGCGACUUGAAUUGGAACGCUAUUCUGAACGACGAGAUCACGGUAGAUGGUAUCAAAGUUAAAGCCGAGGACAUUCUGGGCUCUACGUGUGCCCUGAGUAGAUCACAUAGCCCUCUCCUAACGGAAACGUCAUCAUCCGUUGACAGCGACAUCUUUAACGAUGACCCCCUGGAUCUCACGAUUCGCGGCAUCUCCAUUCCACCACCGCCCGAGUGGCUGCCGAUCGACCAAGUCUUGUCGGAGCCAUCCCACCUGAACGAAUCCACCAGUAACAUUUUGAACACUAACCUACCCCCCUCCCCACCCUCGUCCGAGGGGUACCGCCACCCCUGGGAGGAGGCUAGCGAGUUGGACUCUAUUGUAGACAUGAACCACUUGUUCGAAUCUCUAGAUGAUCUGGGCCCAGACGAUCUGUCCUGGAUCAAAACUGAGCCUGGGUUGUAAUGCAGGGUGGGGCCUGUGUUGUGUUGUGUUCAGUCUCUUUUGUAUACACCUCGGGACAGUGGAAUUUUGUAUCUAUAGUUAUAAAAGUCAUGCGGAUGUUUCCCCAUGGCAUCAAGAUCUAUCGCGGUGAUGUAAUCUCGAUCCAAUUCCGUCCACUGAAAAAAAAACUAACAGAAUAUAAGCCAAAAUUUAAGGGUGAUGGGUGUUGUUCAUACAUUCAAGCUGUGCACUUAAAGCCUUCUAUAAUUUACAUAUUUUUCCAGCAUCAUUUAUGUAUAUCAUUUUGGGAUGGAGGCUUCUCAAAAUCCCAUCAUAAAACAAUCAUAAGAUCCAUUUUUGUGCAGAUUUAAUGCUCUUAGUAAAACCAUUCGUCCAUGGUCAUUAGACCAGAUUUCUAUAUCCGUCCAUCAGAUUUUUCUGUUAUUGUUGAUGUAGUUUCGAUAGUAUCAUGUUCCGUCCAUUAGAGAAUACUGUCGUAUAUACAACAAAUCAGAGUCAUUUAUUAUUUAAUAUCAAUCAGGUUGAAAGGGAAUAUGUACCAAAAGAGACAUCUACUUUGGCAUUCAUCCAUAACAAGACGAGGACCGGAAAUACGUUGAAAUUGGACUUGAAAAUGACAGCAUCAUUUUGGAGGAGUCGAACAUAGUCUAUUAUGUUACAAUAUUACUACACACUCUUUUGGAAAUUUGUGGCUUAACUUUAGAGACUCAUUGAUGGAACUCCAUUUUGGUACCAUCUUUAAAAUAAAAAUCAUACCAAAGAAAAUGCGCAAAAAAAUACAGAAAAUCAGUGCCUUACAGAUUCAUGACCAUUUUUUUGCCAUCAUUUAUCAACUGACAGUCGUGCUUUCUUGGAAUUCGUCCCCCAACAAAGGCACGCAAAUUAAUUAUUCAGAAAACAAAGCACAUGGUCGCACGGACUGACCUCUUUUUCUUCUUCACGAAAUCGAUGUCCGAAACAUGGUGCUCUGUCUACACAAAGCGAAAAGGUCAAGUUAUGAUGGAUGUCAAAAUCUAUCUUGUUUUUAUCCAGAUGUUUCAACCAGAAUUAUCUUUCAGUUGUGUUAUAAAUGUAUGUAUAUGAGAUGUUUUAUUAUUCUAUAUACGCCCUCAAUCAGUUCUCGAUCCAAGAUAUUGUAUAUCACAUCGCACAGCUUGUGUGUCUUAUAUAAUAGUUUAAUAACAUAAUACAUUAUAUGUAUAUGAGAACACUCCAAAUGGGAGAAAUAUCCAACAUAUUUUAUGAGUAUAUAUUUUUCUAUAUUAUCCGCUGAAGGUACAGUACUCCAAGGUGUUAAAUGAUAUGUAACUAUUGGCACUGGUCCUUUAGCGGGAGAGGGCUGAUGUGUAAAAGUGCUUUCGAGUCGACGUGUAACAUCAAAUAUUUGCGGGCUCUAUUGUCCGCACUUUGCGUACAGGCAGUUUUCCGAUAAAUUAAACUGUCAAUACCACCAGCGGUACCCCAUGGCAGUUUGCCCGUGCAUGUUUACUCAGCAUAGGUUUGUUUGGACAUGUUUUGCGAUGGCAUAGCUGUUUCCACAGCGCUGAAGGAUGGGGGAAAGUAUGCUGGCAAGGCAUACACCUGAGUGUUUGCCAUGUCAUGCUAGGAAGGCGUAUACCUUACUGUUUACCACCCCACAUACUUGGACAUUAACCCCGUCUUUCUGUAAGGCCUUGUGCAAACCUGCAAAUCUGAGCCACGGCGAGGUGGCAAACUGGGAAUGACGUUAAGUUUGGCAGAUGUGCAUUGUUAGCACGGACAGUCCUGCUGAACAAACGAAGGAAACUCCCAGCCAUUUAACCCAGUAUCCUGGACGCACCCAAUCAUCCGUAGUGCCUUAAUAUUAUAUAGAAACACCGGGUGAUACCUAUGGGGGUGUGCGAGGAUUAUUCUGGAUGUACAAGCACUUUGUUAUGUAACCAUGGCUACUGUUGCCAUGGAAAUGUCUUGCAUUUUCUGUGCAGUGUCUAUUUUACAAUCAGAGAUUUAUACUAACUUAUUAUCUGCAUGGCUCCAGGCCUUGAUACCACAUACAUUGUGUGAUGUUCUCUGUUGUGUAGGGGUAGAGAGAUUUUGUUGUUAGCCUCUUGGGUUCUGCCAAGUUUGUGUGUAGUGGAUUUUUCUUUGUUGGUUCUACAUAUGAGAUAUGCUGGCAUUUUGUGCUUUUAUUGAAUUCUGUAUAUUGUGCAAAAAAUGGAAGGUUGUGAAGUGUGUGAAUUCUUUUGCAGGACUUUUGGGAAUAAAGUUUUGCAGUAUGAACAAUA